AAGCAGCUCCUUCUCUAUCUGUGCAUACCAUUUUCCAGUCUGUCAGGGCUCUGCAAGCAGCUCCUUCUCUAUCUGUGCAUACCCUUUUCAGUCUCUGUCAGUCUUUCCAGGUCAGUGCUAAAUUACAGUCUAUUUUUCCCGGAAGUUUCAGUGCAUUUUCCAUGUCGAUUUAUUUGUAGAAUGGAAUGUUAGCUACUCAUGAAUCUGCUUGUGUCCAAUAGCCAGCUAGCUUUUAGCAUUGAGUCACUCACAAUAGCCAGCAUAACGUUAACGUUCGGCGCGAUGACUAGCCUGUAAACGUGGCACUUUUUCAAACUGCCGCCUGGGAUGUAUUCUUCAUUUACAUCGAUGAGAUCCAGGUUCUUUUGACUCCCGCUGCCACCAUGUUUCAAUAUGCUUUGUGUUGUAGUCACGACAGACAAAGAUAUAUAGUUAAGCAAACUUUACGAGGCAUGUUUUCAACCAGCACAUGAAUAAGGUAAGUAACAACUGGUUUCCGUUUCCUGCGUUGAUAUGAGUAACAUCAAUAUUGCUACAGUGAGGAGGAGCAUGAAGUAAUUCUGAAGUUUAGGGAGGAAGUGGGAGUAGGGGCGAUGAGUCCGAUAAGGUUGAUGCCUGUGAUAAAAGAGUUGAUUGGGGAAGUUGUUGUCAUGUCUUUACUAUGGAUUAAGUGAUAUUUGACAUGCUAUUUUAUCAAAUCAAUUCUCUGUAAUUAAUAUUACCUGAUUAAACUAAUCAUGUAAAUGUAAUUAACUAGAAAGUUGGGGGCAUCAUGGAAGAAUGUUUUAUAGAGCUGGGGCCUGUUGCACAAAAGUAGAAUUAAGACAUCCGGGAUAAAUGACUCAGCUGAGCUCAAUGAAGCCAAAACAUGUGCGUCCAGGCUUAAUUGGUUGCACAAAGACCAAGCCAGGAUGAGCAGACACGGAUUCAUUAAGCCAGGUGAAACCAAUCCUGGAUAGGUGCGCGCUCACGGCUCACUCAAAUAGACCCCGCCACAGAUCACAGAUUAACUGAUUUACCAUGGCAACUAGAGCCGCGUACUUUUCCCCGUCGGAAGCACAAAUCCUCAUGGAGGCAUACGAGGAGGUAAAAGAUAUAAUUAAGAAGAAAGGCAACACCGCCACAGUGAUAAAGCAAAGAGAAAAAGCGUGGCAAAGUAUUGCAGACCGCCUGAAUGCGUAAGUAGUGCACAAUUACACACUCACCGCUCCGCUGAAACAUCACAAUUACAAUUCAAAUAUUUAAUUCACAUCUCCAAAAAUGCAGUUGUACUGUAAUUAUGAAACGGUUAAAUUUUUAAUUGAAAUGCACUGCAGAUAUGAGUGAAAUUGUGUAAAGUAACUCCAUCACACUGUAUAAAGCUAUGAUAAUUUUUUGAUAUUUUUACUGAAAACAAGACAAAAAUACCAAGUAAUUUUUUGCAGUGUGACUCCAUUAAAUGUGUGUGUGUGUGUGUGUGUGUGUGUGUGUAGAUUAAACAUGAACGGGCCAAAACGGACAUGGCAGCAGGUCAAAAUCAAAUACAAGAACAUUCUGCAGAAUGCAGUGAAAAGAAUACCCACAGACAAGGCACGGGUGGUGGGUCACCAAAGGCUGACCUUACCCCAGCAGAGGACAUGGCCUUGGAGCUAAAUAAAGGCAGGCCCGUCUUAGAGGGGAUCCCUGGGGGGAAAGAGACGAGCAUAGGUUCCUCCCAAGAUGCCACCCGCUUCAUUCAAGUGCCUGGCAGCACUGUGUUCCUGUUAGAGCCACCAGCACAAGCACCAGACGAUGCUGAUCCAGUGAGUACUCCAUCAAAGGCAUACUGUAGGCCUGGCAUGUCUUGUCUACUAGCUUCAAUAUGAAUCUGAUUAAAUGUGAUAGGGUGAAGGCCCCAGUGCAGCAGCAACAGCACAUGAUGGAGACGAUGAUGAGGAGGAGACCAUCUCUCUGGAUUCCAGAAGGCAUGAGGACCCAGAUGCUAUACAGUGGGAAAACCAGCCUGGCAACAUAAGCUCACAAGCUAUCAGAAAGUUGUAUGGCAACCACCUCCGGCGCCAAAUAGAACUGGCAGACAUAGACAUUCAGUACAAGAAGAAAAAGAUGGAAAAUCUUGCACUGGAGUCCGAAAUAAAAAGAGGACAAUUAGGAAACUGGACCUUGAAAUAAAAAAACUUGAGAGGGAGCUCCAAGAAGAUGACACAGCUCAAAAUAAAAAUUAGCAAUCCGUACAACCAAGUCAUCGUUAUAAGGCAUCGCCCUCUUUUGCCCACCCCCCAGCACCAGGUGUGGCCACUAGCCUAUAUGAAGGCCCAAAAUUGUGUGUUCCUUUCUGCUCUGACAAUGGCAUGCCCAUUCGUGCGAGAUGUGGUGGAUGAAGAAGCACUUGUGCUGAGGAGAGCCUUCAGGCGAGAAAGGGUCUUCAGGGACCGGUUGGACCCACUGGCCUUCCCUGAUGACCAUCUAUAUGAAAGAUACAGGUUUUCUGCAGAUGGCAUCAGGUAUCUAUGCAGACUACUGGGUCCCAGGAUUAAGCACCGCACUGCACGGAGCCAUGCACUGAGUGUGGAGCAAAUGGUUUGUGUGGCCUUGCGCUUUUUUGCUAGUGGAGCCUUCCUGUACUCAGUGGGGGAUGCAGAACAGCUGAACAAGGCCACAAUUUGCCGCACAAUAAGGAGUGUGUGUCUGGCUAUCAAAGCAUUAGCAGAUGUCUUCAUCUCCUUCCCUGGCCACAGAAGACUCUGUGACAUCAAAGAGGAGUUAUAUAGGAUUGCAGCAAUGUUGUGGCAAAAUGGCCUGGCUCAGUCCAUGACUCCAGAAUCUUUCGGGCCUCUGAAAUCUAUCAGUGCCUAUCACAAGGUGAAUUCUCUGGUGUGUUGCUGGGAGACCGGGGGUAUGGCUGCCAGCCUUUUCUCCUGACACCUUUCACAGACCCCCAGGAAGCACAGCAGGCCUACAACCAUGCCCAUGCCAGGACCAGGGCCAGAGUUGAAAUGACCUUUGGCCUCCUGAAGGCACGCUUUCACUGCCUUCACAAAUUAAGGGUCAGCCCUGUUAGGGCAUGUGAUAUUACUGUGGCUUGUGCUGUCCUCCACAAUGUGGCCUGCCUGAGGAAGGAGAGGGCCCCCAGAGUGCCACCAGCCAUGGACUGGGACAAUCCGGCAAUCUUCCCUGAUGACGACAGUGGUCGGCUGCUGAGGGACCAAUAUGUGUUGAAUUAUUUUAGUUAGUAUGUGUGCUUUCAAUUUUGGUUAAAUAUGUCCUGCGGUGGCAGAGGAAUUUGGGUUUUUUGGGUUCGUUUUUUGACGAAUUUGGCCUCUUAUGAUGUUUGUGCGGUAUACUGUGUGUAAUACAAGGCUGCAGGGAGGCUACUGCAUCCAUUCAUUUGUCUGUUCAGUUGAUGUGUAUGGAUUUGUCCUGCAUUUAUUUUAGUGUGCAGACAUGCAGGGUGUGUUAUAUACAGACCUUUGAAUGUGUAUGUAUCAUUUUGUAUAAUAUGCUUGGAUUCUGUGCUUUCCAUCUUGUAGAGUCACUGUGACUUCAGUUUCGAAAGGAGCUGAUGGUUUACCUGCUUUGUUUUGUCCUUAUUCAAUAAAGGAACAUAAUGUUA